GUUUCAUUCUGUUUAACGCUAAAAUUCGUUAUCUGGAUUCAACUCGUCUCGACAUUUACUAGAUUUCUAGAUUUAGAUAAACUGGAUUCAUUUUAAAGUUGUAUAAGAACCAACCGUAUUCCUAUCAUGAUCAUGUUACAGAAUAAGUUUCAAUCUUCUUUCAAAGUUCAAAGAAUAUUUUGCAAUAAGCAAUCGUGGUUCAUCUUAAAAGGCUGUAAAGCUCUGCUUUCUGUCUACUCGGCAACAAAAGAACAUGAUAACAUUUCACGAUGGGCGAGAGAAAAAGGUGCAGCAGAUAAAAUAAAUGAAAAUCGUUCUCUGGCAAGAAGAGAAGAGAAUAAAGCACCAAGAAGAGUGUCCACCGAAAAGUUGCAGCUUAUUCUUACCAAUGAGGGUAAUGAAGUUUUUGGGCCGAUUCAGAUUGAACAUCUGAUGAAAGUGCCUCAUUCUGGACCAAGAAUAAGGACAGAUUACAGAAAAUCUUCCUCUCCCUAUAAUGACAGAGCAAUUUCAAAUGAUCGCGAAGAGUUGGCUCAAAAAUUUUGCCAGUCCAAACAGACAAUACCUCAUUAUUACUUGACCAUGGACAUUAAUGCUGAAAAACUUAUAAAUUUGAGGAAGGAAAUGAAUGCCAAUCUCCAAGAAGGAAAUAUCAAACUGAGCAUUAAUGAUUUUAUAAUAAAAGCCACAGCAUUGACUUGCCUGCAAGUGCCUGAAGCGAACAGUGUUUGGAUGGAUACAUUUAUUAGACAGUACAAUACAGUGGACGUAAGCUUUAUUGUCAGUAGUAAAUCUGGUCUCACAAUACCAACUAUUUUUGAAGCAGACUCCAAAAGCUUAGCUGACAUCAGUUCGGGUAUCAGAUCACUUACCCAAAAAGCCAAAGCAGGGAAGCUGCAGUCGGAUUUCAAGGAAGGUACAAUAACUGUAUCAAAUCUGGGAAUGAUGGGUAUUAAACAAUUCAGCGCGUUCAUAAAUCCAUCUCAGUCGUGUAUACUCGCCGUUGGUGGACUUGAGAAGCAACUUAUUCCUACCCAUGAUGGAGGGUCAAGAGCAGCAGAUUUAAUGAGCGUUACUCUCAGCUGCGACCAGCGCACCGUGGAUGGUGCGGUAGGCGCUCACUGGCUGGCCACCUUUCGGCAGUUCAUUGAAGCACCGCAUCUUUUGAUCACAUAAUUCUACAUGUCUUUCUUCCCUGGUGAGGACCGGCUAGGAGACUUCUACAUUCUCAAAUGUUUUUUUUUUUGUGAAUGUAGAAUAGAAUAGAAUAGAAUACGUUUAUCCACCAAUAAAUACAAUUUAAUGUACAUUAGGUGUCGUCA